GCAGUUUUCAUCUGCAGUUUCAUGGUUGCGGCACCUAUCUUUGGUUACCUUGGUGACCGUUUCAACAGAAAGAUCAUUCUCAGCUGCGGGAUCUUCUUUUGGUCAGCUGUCACUUUUUCAAGCUCCUUCAUCACGGAACAGUAUUUCUGGCUGCUUGUGCUCUCGCGAGGUUUGGUUGGCAUCGGUGAAGCAAGUUACUCCACUAUCGCACCAACCAUCAUAGGAGACCUUUUCACCAAAAACACAAGGACCCUUAUGCUGUCUGUUUUCUACUUUGCAAUUCCUCUUGGCAGUGGAUUGGGAUACAUCACGGGGUCAAGUGUGAAGCAGGUUGCUGGAGACUGGCACUGGGCGCUGCGGGUAUCUCCACUCCUGGGAAUGAUAACAGGGACACUCAUCUUAAUAUUUGUACCUGCUGCUAAAAGAGGAAAUGUAGAACAACUUGGGGGACAGCUGAAGGCUCGGACCUCGUGGCUAAGAGACAUGAAAGCACUGAUUAGAAACCGCAGCUACGUGUUCUCAUCGUUGGCCACCUCAGCUGUCUCCUUUGCCACAGGGGCGCUUGGCAUGUGGAUCCCUCUCUACCUUCACAGAGCACAGGUUGUACAGAAGACAGCAGAGACCUGCAGCUCACAGCCCUGCAGCACCAAAGAUAGCUUGAUCUUCGGAGCAAUCACAUGCUUCACUGGUUUCCUGGGUGUAAUCACAGGGGCUGGGGCAACCAAAUGGUGCCGGUUAAAAACCCAGCGAGCUGAUCCUCUUGUCUGUGCUGUUGGCAUGCUAGGAUCAGCCAUCUUCAUCUGUCUGAUCUUCGUUGCUGCCAAGAGCAGCAUUGUGGGAGCCUAUAUUUGCAUUUUUAUCGGAGAAACUCUUCUGUUUUCAAACUGGGCUAUCACAGCAGACAUACUAAUGUAUGUGGUCAUUCCAACACGCCGUGCAACCGCAGUGGCCUUGCAGAGUUUCACUUCACACCUCCUGGGAGAUGCUGGCAGUCCUUAUCUGAUUGGAUUUGUAAGUGCUCGUAGCAGGGAAGGAAGGCCUGCAUUUAUGAGCAGAAUGGGAAGUG